CACCUCUCAAGUCUCAUCGCUCUUUCUGUCUCAUCGCUCUUUCUCUAUCUCUCUCUGUAUAUCCCUCUUUCCUUGUAAAGUCAGCGCCGUCCUUUCUCCCCUUCAUCUCUCUCUCUAUGCCGAAACGGGAGCAGCAGCAACGACGACAGAAGCAGGGACAGAGACAGAGCUAGUGGGGUUAAUAAUCAAUCGCGCAAGUUUCAAGGCGUAUCCGGAUAUUUCACAGGCAUGGAAGUCGACUGGGAUCUACAAGCGGUAGUGAGAGGCUGCACCAUGGGCGCCACCACCACCACCACCACCACCACCACCACCGCCACCACUUCCUUCACGGAGGAUCCUCUCUCUUGCUUUUCUCCUUUGGCUCUUGAACAAGACGAUUAUCUCCUUCGUUCCCCAGAUCUCUUUCAAUCGCGGACGGCUAUUGAAGAAUUAGAGGAAUUGUACAAGCCCUUCUUCCCCAAGCUUCAAUCUCUCUCCGCACAAAACCUCACCACCUCAUUCAAAGUUCCUCUCGGCGAAUUAAAAGACCAACAACAACAACAGCAACCACAACUGCAGCAACAACAACAACAACGAAAGCAGCCUCAGGGCUCUGUCGUCGGGACUGCUCCCGCUGCUGCAGCCACUACUACCACUGCACAUUCUCAGGCCCCUCGAUCCAAGAGAAGGAAGAACCAGCAGAAGAGGGUUGUGUGCCAGGUGCCCGCCGAAGGCCUCUCUUCCGACAUGUGGGCUUGGCGAAAGUACGGCCAGAAACCAAUCAAGGGCUCGCCCUAUCCCAGGGGCUAUUACAGAUGUAGCAGCUCAAAAGGAUGUUUGGCGAGGAAACAAGUCGAGCGGAGCCGCACCGACCCUGGGAUGUUCAUCAUAACCUAUACGGCCGAGCACAACCAUCCCCUCCCAACCCACCGGAACUCCCUCGCCGGCAGCACCCGACACAAGUUCCCUACACCUCAACGACCCACCACCGGCGAACCCGACACAAACACCACAAAACCGUCUUGCGCUUCCCCAACUUCAACAGGUGGUCUCUCACCAACGACCCCAUCAACUACCUCCGUUGAAGACGAACAACCGAUGAAGCAAGAAAGCCGGGAGGACGACGGAGAAGAAAUGGUGGAGGACGACGACGAAGACGAGCUACUCAUCCCAGAUGUGAUAAACGACGACUUCUUCAUGGGCUUAGAAGAACUCGCCGGACCCACCAGUGUCACACCCUCCUCCACUGGCCCGGCCUUCGACGACUGUUUUACCGAGCAUUUAUCGGAGCCCUCUCCCGUUCCUUGGCACGCCCAAAACGCCGCCGCCGCCGCCGGUGGCAUCUGACAUGCCGGAAAAGACGCGCACCCCCGGCCCCGACAUUGGAUACUAGAUUUCCCAACUUUCCAUUUUAUUUUUCUUUUUCUCUUUUUGUCCGCCAAAUAGAGAGGAGAGAAAACAUAGAAGAGAAUCUCUUCUCUCUCCACCACCACACUUGUUUCAUAGACACCACCAUUACGGAGUCUUAGAAAAGAAGAGUUAUUUCAUGUUCCCAAUCUCAUACUAAUAAGAUGAGAUAGUAGCGUAGCAUAUUUCCUUUGAUCAUCAUCUCUCUCUGUACAUCCAAGGUCAACGAAGAUACUGCCUGGCUCUUUCCAAUUUUUUUA